AUGUUAUCAGAUGAAAUGCUGUCAAUUAAAUAUCACUUUUAUGAACAAGAUAAAAAAACCUCAACUGUCGCCAUGACCUCAAAAGGCAAAUUGGCUACGCCUACUCUUGAAGUCAAGCAAAAAUGGCCCUUUGGAGAUUUUAACACGAAAUUAAAUGAUGAUGAUGAAAGUUAUCAAACUGACGGGAUGAACAAUGUAACAUCGAGAGAUAGUAAACAAUACAAAACAAACAAGAAUCAAAAUAAAAUUCUUGAACUCAGAAGUUUGCCUGAAGCAACACCACAUUUUCCUCAUCCCAUUUAUUUACAUCAUGAGACGAAAAGGUGCACUUGCGUGAAGCAUCUUUUUACAGGCAUGACAAGUACACCCGGUACUUGUAGAAGUCGAUCUAUAUGCACUAAAAGUAGCUUAGAUCAAUGCAGUAGAUGUAGUUCAACCUUAUGCACUCAAAACAUAAACCUCUGCGGUGGUACAGAAUUAGUAACUCAAAGUGAUGUGCACUUAUGUACUCAAAGUGGUUCAUGUUCUGAAAGUAAUUCACAAUUAUGUACACACAAAGAAUGCACGCGGGGUGAAACAUUUUACUCCACAGCAUUUUACGUUACGUACCAACCUUUCUUUAUUGGUAUAACUCAACCUUCUAAUGUAUUAUACUAUCAUCCCGAUGUAGUAAAUCAGAUGAAAUUACCAAAAAGAAAAAAACAUAGAAAAACAACUACACGUAAUAAUAAUGAUGACGAUUUAUAUUACGACGAUGAAAUAGAAAUUUUAAAAGGCCAAAUAGACGAAAACGAUAAAGAUAGCUAUGAAGAUUUUAUAGAUGACAAUAAGUCUAGAGAUCAGUCGCGCCACACCGGCAUAAUAUUAGAUACUAGUAAAAAAGGCGAGAAUAUAGGAACCCCCGAAAUUAAUAAAGAUAGAAAGGAUAAAAAAUUAAUGAUCAAAGAAAAGACUAUUUAUGAUAUACUGCAUGAUUUAAAAACUUAUUAUAGCGACUCCGUAAUUAAAGAUUGUUAUUGUUCAUUAAUGUCAUCUAGUUCUUUUGGAUAUUCAUUAGGGCUUUCUAAUUUUGUACUUGGUUUAUUCAUCUUACUCUUAUCUUGCUGUUUGAAUUAA